AUGUCUCGGGUCAGAAGAGAACUGCUGGACAAAAUGGCGGAACUGCUGAUGGACAUCAACACUUUGAACUUUUACGAGGCUUUUGUCACCUCAGAAACAGAGCUCCAGCAGUUUGACUUCUUUUCAGGUGUUAAAGUGGAACAGCUUUUCAGUUUGAAAGAACUUCGAGAGGUCAAGCGCGCGGAACUUCGGACCACUAAAGAUCACUACCUGGGAGUUCUCCGACUCUUUGAAGCUAGAAACCGUGCGUCAGGAUCGACAGGCGGUAAGAAAAAUUCUCCUAUUCCUUUUUGA